GUGUAUCUUUGUGUCCGUGAGUGUAACGUGAGCAAAAGCGAAGACUGAUAGGAGGAGCGAAUGGGGCGCUGCGGUACUAGCUCGGAAUGUUUCUCUAGGUCCGGCAGUGUGGUAGUAGCAGGCGCUGGCGAAGGAGUGUAGUGGUGGUGUCGGCUUGUUUCUCGCUCCUCCAGCCGGGACUCGAGCUCAGUGGUGAUUGGUAGGGCUAAGAGGAACAACCGGGGAGCAAGUAAGGGAUAUUAGGAACGCCACCGCCGGAACAACCUACCCGUCUUUCAGUAUUGUUUCUUCCUUCACCCACAAGCAUCACAAAGAUGGCUGUGUCGCAGGAGAACCGCUGGCCUAAGGAUGCCGCCGACCAAAAUUUUGACUACAUGUUCAAGUUGCUUAUCAUCGGCAACUCGUCGGUGGGCAAGACUUCGUUCCUCUUCCGCUACGCCGACGACUCCUUCACCUCCGCCUUCGUCAGUACCGUCGGGAUAGACUUCAAGGUCAAGACGGUGUUCAGAAAUGAUAAGAGAGUCAAACUUCAGAUCUGGGACACGGCCGGCCAGGAGAGGUACCGCACCAUCACGACGGCCUACUACCGGGGCGCCAUGGGAUUCAUCCUCAUGUACGACAUCACCAAUGAGGAGUCCUUCAACAGCGUGCAGGAUUGGUGCACUCAGAUCAAGACGUACUCGUGGGACAACGCUCAGGUGAUCCUCGUGGGCAACAAGUGCGAUAUGGAGGACGAACGCGUCAUCUCAUACGAGCGGGGUAAGCAGCUCGCCGACCAGCUGGGCCUCGAAUUCUACGAGACGUCAGCCAAGGAAAAUAUCAACGUGAAGGCUGUGUUCGAGCGUCUGGUGGACAUCAUCUGCGACAAGAUGUCCGAAAGCCUGGACACGGACCCCAAUUUAGUGAACGCCAGCAAGGGCACGAGGCUCACGGAGAAUCCCCAGCAACAGAACGGCUCGUGUCAGUGCUAACACCCAGGGGGCCGCCUGAGUACCCCCUCUCCCCACACUCCCCUGCCCUCAUCACGCCCCUUCCCUUCCUCAAGUUCGCGCCUGACAACACUUGCCACGCCCUCAGAAGACACGCCCAGACCACGCCGACACCCACAACCCGGGAUAUUUAACUCAUCAUCGCGAAGACCUUUGAGAGGAGGAGGAGGAUGACGAGGUACCUGAGGGCUUGUAGGGGCCUGUCUGUCUCUCUCUUGGCUCUGACGGUUAGGUCUUCGGCUGCCCAAGACCUCGAAGUGGGUGGAGAGAAAUAUCCCAAGACCUUGUACGUGAUUUAUGUUGUACUACCGAGUAACCAAAUAUUAAGCAUUAGGAGAGGAACGUACGUACCAGGAAUUGCACAAUUAAUAGUUAACACAGCGUAGAUCAUUGCUGCCUGUCCCGGUCGUGUGUGGGUAACUGAUAUGAAUGUCUUUGUAUAGUUAUUUUUUUCCUUUUCUUCCUUUUUUUAAACGUCUAUCUAAGUAUAUUUUUCUUCUUAGCAAUCCAUUAUAAUGAUGAUAAUGGAAAUGUAAAAAAAAUAUCUAUCUAAUCAUAUGUACUUUAGUUUUACUCUCUCUCUCUCUCUCUCUCUCUCUCUCUCUCUCUCUCUCUCUCUCUCUCUCUCUCUCUCUCUCUCUCUCUCUCUCUCUCUCUCUCUCUCUCUCUCUCUCUCUGAUACACAACUUCGUAUAACACGUAAAAUUACUAUUAAUGAUUACCUUAUCUGACUUGAAUUGAUGUGUAAGAGCCUGAGAACUUGUCCCGGGCCAUUGUGAACGUGGCAGAGUGUAGUUGUACAACUAUUACCGAUAGUGUGUCCGUUUGCAUAGUUUAUCAACCAUUUAGAGUACCUAGUUGGUCUGCCAGGUGGACUUUCGACCAGUUAGAAUAUCAACCAAGUUAGUUCUAUCGACCUGUCGUGAAAAUAGGAUUCCUUGGUUCAUUUGUAAGGCUUAGAAAACACCUUGGUUCCUUCUCCCCCUUUUCCUCUUGUCAUUACAGCCACCAUUUGAAACCGGGAGACCUAACAUGUUCCAAAGAGAAAUUACAAGUUACUACCUAUCCAAACACCUUCAGCUUCCUUCAGGUACCUCCAACUGCUAUGAAUCUGCGCCUGUGGACGAAUGUGUCUUGGCCAACUGUUUCAAUCUCCUCACUCCUUGGCUUUAGGCAAGUCAUUUUAGUGGAAUGUUUGGGCUCAUUCUCCAUUUUCAUUCAGAUAUCGUCAACAGCCAUGUUCUGGACAUCUACUGUUAGCUAGGACCGUAAGUUAACCAUCACAACUAUAAACACAACAUACACAAUCUAACUUAUUAUUAGAAACGACCAAUGCUUAGGGCCUUUGAAAUAGUGGAUCUAAGGGACGUGUCGAAUGGUAUAAACGAUUAUAUCGUGUAAGAAAUUGUGAACAAAAUAAUGAUCCUUGGCAAAAGAAAAAACUAUUAUGUAAAUAGCAAAAUUAAUUUUCGUCUAUAUAUGGCAUAAUAAGAAUUCCACUCUGCCCUUUCUAGACAAUAGGGCUUCCAAUUGAGUGUUUGUAUCAGCUAUAAACCUUGUAAACAAACCUUAGCCGUAGCUUACCGAAACCCCACCAUGAGCAAGUCCCAAGGAGCAAGACUGACUUGUAUACAAAAGUUUCCUCCCUGCUUGUUUGGCUCCCUCAUGAGGAACGUGGCGCAGAGUUCCAGACAGUUUUAUCGUUGUCACUUCCUGUGCGGGAAUAAGACAAGGGUGAGCUGGGCAUCGAGAAGUGGGGAAGCCUCUCCAUAUUGAUGUAUUUUGUAGGCCAGGGACUUUAGUCUAAUGGAGAGCUCUUUACAUGGAUGCUUAACCCUCUCCAUUCGCUUACAAACUAACUGUGAAACUCAUUAUGUUAUAAAGAUAUAUAUUGUAUGUGCGGUAACACUACAGAUGAAAUUUGCCUUAGAUAAUCGUUGAUGAUGGUCAGGUCAAAACUAAGUGUCAGAACUACAGGUCUAGACUUGUAAUGUUUGGAAUUAGUCGUAAGAAGUGGCUUGUGUACGAAGAACUCAUCUGUCCAUAUUAUUGGAACCAUCUCAGACUGGUACCUCACACCGCUCUGUGCUUUCUGGAGUCUGGUAAGUUUUCAUUAUGAGUUCCUUGAAAAUAUGUAGUAUUUAAUGUUUACAUAGUUCGAAUAGUCUUUUCAAAAUUCAGAACUAGCUUUAUCAACUAUAUUUUCCUUUUCUUUUAUUAUCAAUGCUUAUAUAUAUAUAUAUAUAUAUAUAUAUAUAUAUAUAUAUAUAUAUAUAUAUAUAUAUAUAUAUAUAUAUAUAUAUAUAUAUAUAUAUAUAUAUAUAUACUUUAUUGUACCUUUGUUAAGUCGGUUGAGUCAGUUGUAGGUCCAUGCCGCAGCCCGGGCGGCUGUGGCGGAAACAACGUUCUUCAGUGAUUUCCUCCGGAGCACCGAGGGGAUGAGGCCGCUCACUCCCUGGUUCCCUCAACAUGGCCUCACUCUCCCGCCGCGGCAGGAGAACACUCGCACUUCCACUUUUCCAUGUGUCGCCUCAGUUUAGUACACGUCACCGUAAAUUUGUCAUAAUGGAUACCCUGACUUUCGCCCAUGAGAAUAUUCCUAUCUGUAUUAGCGUCAUUGUGAGUGAUCGUAGGCUCGUGUUCUGUUCACUUCCUUCUUUUACACCUGAUUUGUCAAAAGGAAUCGGCCUUAUUGACUGGAUGACGUAGGCUCAAACUCUCUAGGUAGGACUUUGCUGUGAGCCUCAGGUGUGGUGUGUCGCCGCUGCUUGUGACUCGCCGCCUCUUCAGACCUCAAACAUCUUUACAUUAACUUUUUGAUUGCAAAGUUUCAGCAGUUAUCAUUUCAUCCAGGCAUUGAAGUAUGCCCGACUUGUCAAUUCCACGUAUUCAUACGGACUUUGUAACUAUUCCUGGGCAUGAAUCUUUUGUAAUAAUGAUUUAGCCAAACAUCGUUAGUAACUAAGGGAAAUGUAUAUGAUUGUCAAUGUUUAUUGCCACAAUUUUUAUUGGACUGGUAAGUUGAGUGUUGAGUUGCCUGCCGAGUGACAAGCAGUGUGCCCGAGACGUGUUGAUGUCCCAUGUGUACUCCUGUCCUCCCCGUGCUGGCCUCACUCCCGGAGCAAGUUGAGCAAGUAUAGUUUUUAGUCACAUUACGACGUACCGCCGUUUUCUAUGUAUAUAUGUAAACAAUCACAAGGACUGAGCGGUGGGCCUCGAAAAUUCUAUUUCACUUAGGUUCCUUUCGGAUUCAUUUCCCCUCUUGUUCUCCCGUUACUAGAAGCACAACUACAACUCCCCUUCCCAGCCCCGCUCGCCUGCCCGCCCGGGGUGAGGCCGCCAUGUCUGUACCUGUCGUGGAGGGGGUCGUGGGGCCCCCUGUAUCACGACACAAAAUGUAUAAACAGUUGUACUACGUUAGUUGAGUUGUGAGAGUGACCUUUUUUUCGGUGCGGCUGCAUUAAUAAACGAGUAAUAGUAAUAAUAUUAAUUUGGCCCAUUGCGCGACGUCCCAGCACAGGACACGUCACUGAGGCUCGGUCGUCUCGUAUAUCGGUCAAAUUUGAUGUGAAGACGAACGAAGACGGAUGGUGACAAGCGGUGACGUACAGGACAAGUCUUCCACUUGUCCUGCAUGCCACCCGCUGUCUGCCGCGCAAGAAGGAGCAAGCCCGCUACAGCCAGUGGUGAGCCCAACAGUCUUAUGGGAGUCCUUUAAAUGUUCAGCUCUCAAGACACUGAUUGUUGCACUCAGCCGCUGUACCCUCCGCCCGCCUCCACACCCCACCCACACCUCACACCUGCUCUUGUUGAUAUGCGUACAGGUUACUUGGCGUCAAUUUCGCUAUCAACCAAACGUGUACUCAACCUCCUAGGAUUAGCCAACCUCCCCACAUUGUUUUUUCUUCGUACUAGAUAUUUAAUGAUAAAAGUGGCUGUACUGUACUGGUGUUUCUCAAGCUGUAUUCGACCUGUUUGAGGCUGGUUGAUGUCUGAAUUGAAGGUGUCGGCGGGGCAGUGAGGCGGCGCAGGGCGGGGCGAGGCGAGGCUGGUGUGAGUGAUGCUGAGUUAUGUCACCAGACGGAGGCGAGGACCCAUUGUUGUUAGUUCUUGUGAAAAACACGAAAAAAAAUCAGCGCAGUUUUAAAAGGCAGGCUUCAUCAUCAAUAAAGAAUUAUGUUGCGA